AUGCGCUUGAUGGAUAGACUUGAUUUUGCCUUGGACGCAGUGACGGCUUCUGGUUACGAAAAGGUAGUUGCAUGGGCGUCACGAACACUUUCUGAUGCCAAAGUUGGCGCAGUCCCAGAAACCCUUGACGAGAUCACCUCAUUACUGCGUGUCGUUACUGAACUCUUCUCUGCCAUGAACAGCUUGGUCUCGUCUGCACUACAAGCAUUUGCUUCUCUCUACUGUGCUCUUCUGUCGAUGAGCAUGCAGCUUUUCGAAAAGGGAUAUAUCAAUCCUAUACCUAAAGCAGAAAAACAAGAAUCAGGUCAAGGGAGUACGGAUGAAGCCGGUGAAGGCGGUGGAAUGGGCGAAGGUGAAGCGAAGAGUGACGCAAAAGAUGUGACUGAUGAAAUGGAGGAAAGCGGUCAGAUUGAAGGUUUACAAGAUGAUGAAUGUGAACCGCCUAGUGGUGAUGCAGGUCAAAACGAAAAACCUAUCGAAAUGGAAGAGGACUUUCCCGAGGAUAUCCAAGAUAUUGAUCGUAACGAACGUGGUGAGGAGGAUGAAAAAUCGGGUGAAGAAAGCGAGGAGGAGCCGGAGCCGGAGGAUCAAAUGGGAGAUGUUGACGAAGCAGACGAUCAACAGCUGGAUCCGAAACUUUGGGAUGAUGAAGAGAAGAACCCUUCCCCGAAAGAAAUGGAUCAGGAUGAUGCAGGUGCUGACAACAAAACUAAUGAACUGGCUGCAAAAGAAGAUGACACAGUGGCCGCAGACGAGAAGUCGGCUGAAAAUGAAAAAGAGGAGGAGUUGAAUGAGCAAGAAGCGGAUGACGUGGAAAAUGUCGAUGAAAGGGAACGGGACGAUGUGGAAAUGGAAACUGGAAAGGAGGACCCGUCGCUACCUCUUGAGGAUGAAGCCGAGAACAACCAAGAAGACCAAAACAUGGAAGGGGUGGAGAAUGAUUCGACAGAUGACGAACAAGGGAAUGAAACGGAAGAUGGUCCGGGAGAAGAAGAAAAGGAUGGGAAUGAGGAUGAGAUUAUGGAGGAAGCAGAUCAGACGAAAAAUCCACCGAAUGACGAGGAAUCGUCAAAUGAAAUGGACAGCGUGGAAGCAGUUGAUCAGGGAAAAGGUGGAGAGCAAACAAAUGAAGAACAAAAAGAGCAGGUCGGAGGAGCAAAUGAGGAUGAAAAUAAGGAAAAUGAAGAUGAGGGAAAAGGAGAAAGCAAAAGCGAUGACCGUGGUGAAGAUGGCAAAGGCUCCACGGCUGUAAAGGAGAAGGAUGAGAAGGAGAACGAGGAAAAUCAGCCAGAUUCUGCUGAAGACGAGGAGACCUCUGAGAGGCAAAGAGAGCUGGCACAGGAGAGCAACGAAGUUGAGGAUAAAGAGGAGGGCGAAGGUGAGCAGGACGAAACAGCUACGCAGAUGAAAGAUGCUCCUGCCGCGGAACGACAGAUGGUUGGAGCAGGAUCGCUCGAGGAAGCCAAACAAUCGAAAAAGGACGACGCAGUGGAGAGGCCUAAAAAGCACAAGAAGCCUUCAGGAGAUGUAGAGAGUGCAGACGCCGCUCCCGAGAAUGACGACACAGCUCUUGAAGAGCAUCAAGCAGCCAUUCACCUAGCUCCUGAGCAAAUGUUCAACUUGGUAGUGGAAGAGCUGACGAAAGAGCUGACAGUAAGUAGUACAGCUGAGGAAGAGCCAGCGUCUGAGUCUGUGAAGCGAGCCGAUUCCGACAAGAGAGAUUUGGUAGAAGCAGAGCAGAUGUGGACAGCUAUGAGCCAGACAGUGGGGAUUCUGGCAGCUGAGCUGGCGGAGAAUCUUCGUCUGAUACUAGAGCCCCAACGAGCGAGUAAAAUGCAAGGUGAUUACCGCACAGGAAAACGACUAAAUAUGCGUAGACUAAUUCCCUAUAUUGCCAGUGAAUAUAGAAAAGAUCGUAUAUGGAUGCGAAGAACCAAAAAAGCGCAACGAGAUUAUCAGGUUCUCAUUGCAGUAGACGACUCGGCUAGCAUGAACGAAAAUGGCAUCCAUCAGGUACUAUUCACAUUAAUCUGCUCUUAUUAA